AUGAAGAGCCGAAGGCGUGCGUUCGCGAUCGACGCGUACAAGCGGGGUGACUGUCGUCGAAUGACUGUUUGUGAAUGGACGUUCGACCCACAAACAGACCUUGACACGAAGCUCUGGUUUGCGGUGCCGUGCCGCCAACAUGGCCAGCAGCGAAACCCCUCAGAACAAGAACGGAACAAGUCGGACGUGCACACGCUCGAAACUGGUACGCACGAAGGCGACGAACAGCCUGAGUGCAGGGGCCUGUGCCGUAUCGCGGACACUUUUUUAGACUCGUAUCGUUUCCGGGUCACUCACCCUCGUUUGUCAAUCUACCACGCCCACCUUCGCCCGUCUUUGCCGGUCAUGCGAUGCAGCGGCGCCGACAGAGGCAUUACACCUGUUAUGGGUGUUUCGCGUUUGAUGUAA